AUGAGCUACAACAAUCCAUCCAGUCUCCUACAACUGGCCAUUCAGAGCCUGCUCAGGGAUGACAACUUGACCAUCACUUCCCUGAAACACUUGCCUGCAGAGGUCUUCCCAAGUCUGUUUCUGGAAGCACACAUUCAUAGACGCAGGGAGACCCUGAAGGCUCUAGUGCAGACUUGGCCGUUUGAAAGACUCCCUCUGGGAGCCCUGCUUCAAGAUGGACAGCCUGAGGAUCCAAGAUUCAAAGCUGUGAUGGAUGGAAUUGAUGUCCUGCUCAAACAGGAAGUUCCCCACAGGUGUAAACUGAGGGUGCUGGAUUUACAGUUCACUGGGCAGAAGUUCUGGAGAAUGUGGACUGGAGUCGACCUCCCAGUGUUUUCAGAAAGGAGAAAACUAGUGGAUGAGGGGCCUUCAAGGAACAAGAAGGCCAAGCCCUACUUUGAGGUGUGUGUAGACCUCUACAUCAGUAGAAACCAUGCUGACAGACUCUCCAACUACCUGCUGGACUGGAUCAGGGAGAGAAAGGGAGUGCACCUCUCUUGUAAGACAGUGAUGAUAUAUUCCCUGACCAGGAAGAGUUUCAGGUUUCUGCAUGCCAUGCCAUUCUGUGAUAUCAAGGAGCUGGGAAUCCAUUGUACCUUGACAUUCUCCACCCUGCGCCUACUUGGUAUCCAGCUGGGCAUGAUGAAUAAUCUCAAGAGACUGGAUGUCUGCAUCGAUAUUCUUGCUGCAACCACCCCAGAAGAGGACGACUGGAUGCCAGUGUGUAUCAGCGAGUUCACAUCUGCAUUCCACCAGCUACUUCAUCUUCAGGAGCUGUAUCUGAAAUCUCCCUUCUUCCUCCAGGGCCAUCUGCACCAGCUGAUCAGGGUAACAGAAGGAGACUUGACUCACCUGUUCCAGAGCCCACAUAUCACUCACCUGAAGGACCUGUGUCUGAGGGGACUCCCCUUGACCUCUGUCAGUGAGCCCCUGCGAGCUCUGCUGGAGGUAAACGCAGCCACCCUCCAGCACCUGGACCUGGGUCUGUGUGGCCUCCAGGACCCCCAGCUUGAGGCCCUGCUCCCUGCCCUGAGCAGCUGCUCCCAGCUCAGCUCCCUCAGCCUGCAUGGGAACCGCCUGUCCAUGGCCACCCUGGAGAAGCUGCUGCGCUGCACCUCGGGCCUCAGCAGGUUGAGACAAGAGAUCUAUCCGGCCCCUAUGGAGACUUUCAACCCUCAGGGAAUUCUGCAGCCUCAGACAUUUGAUUUGCUUUGUACUCACAUCUUCAAGAUUCUCAAGGAACUUAAACACUCCAGGUCCAUCGUGGUGAGCACUGGUCGCUGUUCUUACUGUGCCAGGAAAAUGUUCAGAAACUGGAAGCUCAUCAUUCUGCCCUGUUUGUCCUGUUUCAGGGACUAUAAGAAGCUGUCAUUCAGGCCCACAGGUAGUGAGUGA